UGUCUGUGCCCUUGCUGUCAGUGUCCGUUGGAGAGUGUCCGUUCAUUCGGUCUCAGUUAGACUCACAAUCAAAAUCCCCUGUACUUUAAGCCCUAUUUUCCGAUUUCUAUUGCCCUGGUUCCACAGCCGGCACUGGCCUUAAGAUGUACUCGCAUCCGAAACAAGCGUCCCAUGGGACUCAGACCCUGCCGCAGCCGAGCCCCAAGCCCGUGUGCGUACCGCUGCUGAUGGUCGACGAGGAUGGAAAGAAGCGCUACUGCUACCAUGGCGGCAAGUGCCGGUGCGAUACCUGUCAGAAGAUGCGCGAGCAGCAGGCGGAUCAGCUGGACGAGCAGCUAUUGGCCGCCCUUCCACACAGUCGCUUGCAGCUGGUGCCGGCGUUGCGUCAGGUGAGGCCAAAGCAAUACCGCUUGGACGCCAUUUACGCCACACCCGAACUGGCCAAGUAUCUGAGCGACGAGCACGAGGAGCUGCGCAAGAAGUAUAAGACCUACUAUCUGCCCGAUAGGUACUUCCAGGUGAAUGCCUGGAAGGUGCCCGGGCCGCAGCACAAGCAGACCCAGACGGACAUCCGCAUCGGCAACUACGGCAUCGACGGUUGUCCGUGCGUCGACAAAUCUCUCUGCUGGGACAUCUAGCCCUUGGGCUCACUGAAUUGUGGGAGAGUAGGGGGAAUGGAUCUGUAGCCAAUCGGACAAUAAACAGUGCAGGGUGAGGAGCGGAA